AUGACAAGCGAAUUGGAAACUUUGAAGAAACAGAUUGCAGAUUUGCAUGAAUUAGUGAAAAAACAGAGUUUGAUCAUAACAAAAACUGGUCAAAAUGUCUUACAAUUACAACUUGAAAAGCAAAGGGCCGAUGUUAAUAAGCUGGGGCCUACCCAGCCUAAGGUACCUAUCGAUUUUGAUUCGACGGAUUUCGCCUCUGAUCAGGAUUUGGUGGAUUUAGUGGCAGAGUUGCAGGGUGAAUUGAAUAUUGUAGAUGAAAGGGCUAUCAGAAGAACUGCCAACUCCACAAAGACAAAGGCUACUGAUAUAAUUGCCCCUUUACCAAAUGCAGAUGGUGAGACUCCAACUGUUAAGGACAGUUUCUUUCCCAUCACUCUAAAGGAUUUUAUUUCCAUUUCCGACGUUAACUUGGUUAGGGUUGCAAAAUUCUAUGAACGCUUACCUCCUACAGUGGAAGAACAGCAACGUAUCGAUAAUUAUUUGGAAGGUAAAGUGCAAGACUUGUCUAUUUCGCAGCCCAGUGAUGAAAGUAUAUUGAAGGAACUCCAGGAUUACUCAAAGGAUGAAGUCGAUGAUAUGUUCAAUGAUGUUGCAAGAUAUUUGGGUCUAACUUCCAGGAGAGGUACUGAGACGUGGUAG